AUGGCUAGACUGACUGAUCUCCCAUUGGAGAUAGUCACGGAAGUCUUUCAUCAUCUGGGCAGCAUUGACGACGUCCAUCAUUUCCAGCGGGCAUGCAGGAAAACUCACGAUGCGAUCCAGUCGCCGACGGUAUACACGGACAUUAUGCGAUCAGUCAUCGGUAACGCUCCCCAACACAGAUUCGACAUCUCGUUGUCCAGGAUGCUGGAUCUCCACCACGACAUCGUCCGUCACUACUCACAAGGAGGAGGGGCCAUUCCACUGACUCAGACACCGGCCGACUGUGCAGAGGGUCCCUGUACUGACUGCCUUCCGGAUGCGCGAAUUGACGAAAUAGUAGCGCGAUACCAAGGCCUCAAGGUCCUCCGGGAUCAAUGGCUUGCCAGGCAGCUCAAGAGCAACGAUCUGCUAGCCGCAAAUUCUAGUACAGAGGCCCACGAGUACAUCAACAAGUACGAUUGGAUCCGGCACCGUGACGAAGACUUUCAGGACGACGGAGUGUCGCGCUUAUCACCAGAGACCGAAAGCUACGCCAACUUCAAUCCGGACCAGCAGGCCCGCUUCUAUGCCGCCCUCACAUCUGUUUGGCUUUUCAACGAAAUUCGCUGGACACUGGCGCAGUUCGCCUACCCGUCUGGUGGCUCUUUCAACUUUCAGACCCGGUUGGCAGAUGACUGCAAGAAGUGGAUUCACGGCCGGACAGAGAGGCCCAUUCUAGACGAGCUCGACCGAUACGCAGUGUUCCAAUUCAUGUACCACCAUCUACUACCGCUCCACGGCCGCUUCCUGGCAGACCGGAACUCAUCGAAACUGCCGCUUACGUUCCCAUCAGAACUAAGAAAGAGCUCGGUCUUCUGCGCACGCUUUCUCCAAGCCUUCCUUGUGGCGGGGCAGGCCUAUUUCCAACCUCCAGACAUAAUCGAUCUGAUAGUCCGCUCCCGGUUAUCACGAAAGCCACCAUACCCAAUGGCGGACCUGCCUGACUCAUCCGAGAAGUCACUGCGCCCAUACAACGCCGUCCCCUUCUCCGCCGAUCUUGACUACAGCACUGAGAUGUCCUGCCCCAGCCAUGUCUCCCACCGUCUCCUCCGCAACACCAUGCACCAUCUGCACAUUGUCAAGCGCGCCAGCAUCUUUCAGGCCUCGCACAUCGGGCGGCCCUUCCGCUACACGGCUCAGCCGGCGACAACCGAGCUCUUCAAUAUCGAUGACUUGUCUGCGGAGUUCUUCAAGGACAGGGCGUUAGUGGCCUUUGAGAAGUAUGAGAAGAAGUAUCUGAAAAUGGUGGGUGAAGAUGUCCGAGAGGAUGAGGAGAAGGAUAUCAGGAAGGUGUUCAAGACAAGGUGGCCCAAGGUGUGGUGGAUGGUCUGGUGGUGGGCGAACAGCGAGGAGAAGGCUCGCGCGAAGAUGGAGCGGUGGAGAGAAGAGGUGCCUCCUCCGCGAGCGCAUUGA